AUGGGGGAGCAGGUAAAACCUGAAAGGUGUUCUUUUUUUUUUUUCUUAAACCAAAAAAAAACACGCUUUCAGUGUGUUUACAUACACUCAGACCCACACAUAACAGCAGAUCAUGUUGUUAGGACCAACUGGGCUAAAGUUAUUUCAGGUCAAAUUCAGAACAUUUUCUGUUUGUCUUUACAGGUUGACAAGGGUGUUGUACCCCUCGCUGGAACAAAUGGAGAGACCACCACUCAGGGUCUGGAUGGGCUGUCCGAGCGAUGCGCGCAGUAUAAGAAGGACGGCGCCGAUUUCGCCAAGUGGCGUUGUGUGCUGAAGAUCAGCGAAACCACGCCGUCUGAGCUGGCCAUCUUUGAGAACGCCAACGUGCUGGCACGAUAUGCUAGCAUCUGCCAACAGAAUGGUAUUGUUCCAAUUGUGGAGCCUGAGAUCCUUCCCGAUGGAGAUCAUGACCUGAAGCGUUGCCAGUACGUCACCGAGAAGGUCCUUGCUGCAGUGUACAAGGCUCUGUCGGACCACCACGUGUACCUCGAGGGGACACUGCUGAAGCCCAACAUGGUCACAGCUGGACACUCCUGCCCAACUAAGUACAGCAGUGAAGAAAUCGCCAUGGCUACUGUCACUGCUCUGCGCCGCACAGUGCCUCCUGCUGUCCCAGGGGUGACAUUCUUGUCUGGUGGCCAGUCUGAGGAAGAGGCCAGCGUGAACCUUAAUGCCAUCAACAACUGCCCACUCCCCAAGCCCUGGGCCCUGACUUUCUCCUACGGCCGUGCCCUGCAGGCCUCAGCUCUUAACGCCUGGAAAGGACAGCUGAACAACGAGAAGGCCGCCACCGAGGAGUUCGUCAAGCGUGCCGAGGCUAACGGUCUGGCUGCACUCGGCAAGUACGAGUCUUCCGGAAGUGGCACCGCCGCAGCCCAGUCCCUCUACGUGGCUAAUCACGCCUAUUAAACAGCAAACUACCACGUUGAGCUGUGGCAUAGUUAUAGUCUUAUAUCUGCUCUGCUGUCUCCCCUCUUCACUCCUCCAUCAAUCACAGGCCUGUGCUGUCCGCUUUACUUUAGAGUUCUUAAAUUUACAUUAUUAGAUAUGUGUGUAUUUGAAACCAUCAUGUGACAUCACAGUACAAAAGGAAACAGACAUGGGUCAUCUGUCUUUUUUAUUUUUUUUUUAUUUUUUAUUUUUUUUUAUUUCCCCCAGUUUCAACAAAUGGUUAGUUUUGAGACAAUUUGAAGUUAAACGGUUGGAGGAUAAUCAAAAAUGUUUAGUCAGUAUUCAUUCCACAUUCCUUCUUUCACGCAGCUGUCUCUGCCCACUUCACACAAAAUAUCAAAUCACUCCCAAGCAGGCCAGAUCAGCAUGUUUGUGUCAGUGUUUCGCUUCUGUCAGAACGGCAUUUGUUCAUUGUUGAAACGCUCUACUAACAUCCGCACUGACACCAAGUGGGACCAACUGCUUAUUAGUGGCAUCAGAACAUGCGUUAAGGAGCAAGAUGGCAGACGAGGUGAAAAUGUUGAGCCGAGUUGAUCUUUUGAACAAAAGUGUGGAGUGCUCUGUUGUGCUUUCAGACAGAUGUAUAUCUAGUAGAUGUUAGCAGGCACAUUAUACUGUAAUAAGCCACUACACACCAGGAUUCUUCCUUUUUUUUUCUUUUUCUUUUUUUUUUGUUCUUGUGCUCCUUAUCACCAUUAUUGAAUUUUAAAACAAACAACCAUCUUGUGUGUCUGUUCAUUAGCUUAACAUUACAUGCAGUAAUCGAUGUAUUCAGUUGUGUGAAGGUGUCAAUAUUAUGUGAUGCUAGUGUGUCAUCCUCCCACCUGAUUUCCCCCCUGCCUGCCCUACCGAACGACCAGACUAGUUUCUAUCAACAUUCACAUCCAAUGGACCAAUGGCGUGGGGUCAGCAGCGGGGAAACGGUCGCUGCUGUGUUGGAGUACUGUGCCGUUUGUGGUGUUAAUAUUGUUCUUUAAGCACUUGGUGUGUCAAAUAGUGGAGAAAAAUAAACUAAAACCUUAAAACAUCA